AUGAAUUGGAGAUUUAAUAAAGAAUCAAUUAGUAUAUUGACUAGUCAAUCUGAAGAUACAACAAAUUAUCCAUAUUCAACACGAGCAAUUAUAGCUAAACAUGAUGAAUCAAAUAGAAUUAUAAGUGCAUUUCGAGCAACAGAACCAAUAUAUUUAGUACAAUGGCUGACUGAUGCUUCAACAAAUUUUAUUGAUAUUAAUAAUGUAUUCAAUGAUACAAACAAUAAUGAUAAUAAAGUUCAUUUUGUUUUAUUAGCUUAUGGUUAUGAAUUAUUAAUUUGUGGUGUUUAUACGUAUGGUCAACCUUUAGUAGGAAAUCGUCGUUAUGCAGAAAUAUUAAAUAAUAAAUUAGGAAAUCGAAUACAUCGAUGGGUAAAUCAUGAUGAUAUUGUUACACGUAUUCCAAUUACUGAAUUACCAUUGAUUGCAAUGUAUUAUGAUCAAACAUUAUAUACAGAUGCAAUGGAAGCUGCAGCCAAUAAUAAUCCAUCAAUAUCAGAUCCAUUUCUUAAACAUUACUAUCAUUCAGGAUUAAGAUUUAAAAUUGAUCAUAAAGGGAAUUUAACAAGACAUGAGUUAAUAGAUCAAGAACCAAUACUUGUGUAUCAGGAUAGACUUCGUUUAUUCAAUGUUAUUUAUGUAAUUGGUAAUUAUAUUCCUUCAUCGCUCAAUAUAAUAUUGAUAAGAACCAUUGGUUGCUUUAAUUUUGGCUGUUGA